GUCCUUGUGCUCUUGGUAUUACGUAAGGGGAUGUUGCCGCGCGAGGAUCACUCAGUGAUGCCAUAGACCUCGAGGCGGGUUUGUCCGGCGAGCCGGGUCUGACGAUAUUACUCAAGCGUCUAGUCAUGCGAGACGGUGUGCUUUAUGUAUUGAGACUGAUACGUGGUGCAGGGAGGGACUAUCAUCCGUGAGGAUUAAAUCUGUAUUUAUCUGUCUGGUGUUUUGUGGGGAAUUGUGACGGGUUUUUAUUGAGACAACGAGAAGUAAACACAGAUGGAACUGCGACUCGUGCUACUUGCACACAUCGUCGGGAUCUGCUCGGGGCUUAAGGAGGUGCGCAUGCAGACACCGACAGCUGUUGAGAAGGGCAACUCGGCGGUGUUAAAUUGCUGGUAUGACUUGGAAGGCUCUAGUCUGUACACGGUCAAGUGGUACAAGAGUGGAAGAGAGUUUUAUCGUUAUACGCCAAACGAGUCACCGCCUGCCAAGACAUUUCCCAUUGGAAAUCUUAAAGUCAAUCUUGGAGAGAGUAAUGCGACACAAGUCAGCCUGAUGGACCUGGACUUUGAUGCUGCUGGCGAUUACAGUUGCGAAGUAUCGGAGGAUGCACCCUCAUUUCACACGGCCAUUGUAUACAGGACAAUGAAUGUUGUCGAAUUACCGAGCCAGAGGCCGGCGAUACAGGGACUCAAGAGGAAGUAUAGGAUCGAUGAUACGUUGAGAUUAAAUUGUACAUCGAGUAAGAGCAGACCAGCGGCUAAUCUCACGUGGUAUGUCAACGAUCGACAGCCCCUUGGGUCACACGUACGCAUGUACAAUCCAUCGGACACAAAUGACGCUGACUGGGAGACAGCCAGAGUUGGAUUACAAUUUUUAGUAAAUCACGAGCACUUUGCCGCUGGCAAACUCAAGAUACGUUGCAGUGCAUCAAUCUACGACAUUUACUGGCAGAGUAUAGAGGUUAGCACUGAGGAGGACAGACCAAGGGUUAUACAGCUGGAACCAGCGGCAACGAUCGUUGGCGUCAAUUACCUUCAACCACCCCCCAACUUUCAGACUGGCCAACGUAAGCCCGACGGGCAUCUCGACGUCAAAGACCUCGACUCAUCUUCCGCCGGACCGAGACUACUGGGCUCCCUAAAACUUCUGGGACCCCUUCUGAUUCUCCGACUGGCCACCAUCUAACGAUCACAAUAAACUCAUUCAGCCGAUGAAUAAAAAAAACCAACUUCUGUAUCAUAUGCGUGCUUUGCAGCUCUUUAUAUAAAUCGACGUGCUUGUAAAAA